CGUAGUAGUAUGCCUAAAUAUGUAGUGAAAGAUAUGAAGCCGAGGACAAGCUGUUUUUGUCUUUUGUGGGAUACGAACGUUGACUACCACGCCCGAUUUGAGGUGCUGGAGAAGAAGGGAUAAAGUGUAUGGUAUGGGGGCGUGGUGACCGAGGGCACGAAAGGAGGAAACUAUUGGCUACAGAAAGUCGUUUCUUUAGCCGGGUUUCUUUCAAAAAAUGGUGCAGAGUCUCUGUUUGAUGGCUUCUCAUGGUUACCCUCCUGGCCUUGUCUUGCACCCACAAGUACUGGGCUUGCCCUGCGCUACCAUGAAGGGCUACCAAACAUUCUUUCCUUCUCCAGUAGCAAAAGCAGACCUGAUCAGAUAUCAGUCUCGUUGUCUUGAGCCAAGUCCAUGUGAGGAGUCAAUGAAAUCUCAAAAUGAAUGGUUUGAUUAUAACAAGUUUGUCAAUGUCGACUUCUCAGUUGAAAGGCCCAUGCUUAUUGAUGACCAAGCAAACUGCUCAAAUGCAGUUCUUCUUGGCUUUGGCAUUGUUGACCAAUGCACUAAGCGUGAUGAAAUUAUAAAUUUACUAAUGUCUGAGACUGCCGAAGCAGGGAUAGAUGGAGCAAAUUUAUCUUUGUUAUCAGACUUGAUGAAAUUGCAGUUGUCAGGCAUUGAUGAAACUCAGCAACCAUUGUCAUCUCUUAUCUACCCAACUAGCAAAUUCAACAUCCUGAAGCCUUUGCUGUAUUUUGUUCAAGGUUCAGCCCUUUCAUCAAAGAUCACGGUUCAUCCAGAUGGUCAAAUGACAUUUAUGGGUACUGCAAUUGAGUUGAAAGAUCUUCUCUCUGUAGUUGCCGAGUCAUACUUAUCAAAAUGCUCACGAAAGGGUGAAAAGCAAUCUAUGCUUGUUCCACACUUCAGUUGGGUGAAUAUCAAUGAAUUAGAGAGAAAUCAUUCCUCCACAUUGAAGAAUCAAUCCACCUUAACUGCUCCUUUAAAGAGUCCUGAGAAAGUCAAACUCAAGCCAUCACCAAGAAAGAACAAGAAAGUAGGCAGGGAAAGGGAUCUCUACAAGAACUCUUCACAUGCUUGUGAGACCCUUCUGUCCCUGAUGGUUGACAAGAAGCAACGUCGUAAAACAGCAAUUCUCUCACUGAAGAAAUCCGGGCCUGAGCUUCCGGAGCUCCUGACACAAUUUUCUGCUGGCAUUGCCGGUACCGGCCUUGCAGUCCUGCUAUCUGUGAUGUGUAACCUAGCUUGUGGAAGGGCUACCUUUUGUGCUUAUAGCUUGUUCAACACAGGGUUUGGAUUUGGGUUGGUUUGGCUUUCUGGGGCUGUAAAUAAGCUAAGGGCCACGAUUGUCAACAUCAGCAAGAAUGCCGGAAAGUUGGGUUUGAAAGAAGAGGAAAUGUUGCAGAAGCUGGAUAGGAGCAUAAGAGAUAUUUACUAUACUGCUGCAGCCUUGCUAGCAGUGGUAGUGCUAAGGCUUGCUUGAGUAACAUCUCCAAUGAUGUAGUUAUUUCUGGCUGGUUGGAUGUUACAGUGAUGGCUUUUGGAGAAGCAGAUAGUUAGAACCAAGGUUAGGCACCAAGUUGAUAAGCAAUUGGCUGUUGUAGUUAAUUUGCUACUUUCAGUUAACCCAGGAAGCAUUGUUUGGUGUUAUAGUUAGCUUGUACUAUAGAAUUUUGCAAUGGAAUCAAUAAACUGACUUUCUUUAUUACUUCA